UCAAAAUGGUUAAGUAACCGCCCUCGCGGAUUCAUCAAAAUUUCUAGUAUAAGAUUCGUCAUCAUCAUCAAGAAAAAGAAAUAAAAGUGCGGUAAAUGUUUUGACAAUUUGCUUUAUCGAAUGGAAAUCCUACGUCAUCUGGUUAUUCGCAUUCGUGAUGCGAUCCAUGUCUAAGCAUCGAACGAAGUGACAACGACUAAUUACGAAUUAUGGUAAUGCAGCGGGUAGAAUGUCGUCUAUCGUCCUACAAAUCUCAUGUCGCACCUGAGCCAUACACCAUCCGAGGAAGCCACACUGCUAGCUCGGGGUUACAAACUGGGGAGAAAGCUUGGCGAAGGUUGUUAUGCAAAAGUAUAUUUAGCCGAAUAUAAGCCGGAACAUGAAUCAGAGAAAAAUAGUGUUCUGGCCUGUAAAAUAAUUGACACUGCAAAUGCACCAGAAGACUUUGUCCGAAAGUUCCUACCGCGUGAACUGGACAUUCUGGUGAAGCUGAAUCAUCCACAUGUCGUGCAUGUUCAUAGUAUCUUCCAAAGGCGCACCAAGUACUUCAUAUUCAUGCGCUUCGCUGAGAAUGGCGAUCUUUUUAAUUUUAUACUAAAGAACGGCGCGGUGGCGGAGAGUCAGGCUCGCGUAUGGUUCAGGCAGCUUGCUUUAGGUCUUCAAUAUCUACAUGAGAUGGAAAUAGCGCAUCGUGACAUCAAAUGCGAAAAUGUUCUUCUCACAUCAAAUUACAAUGUCAAACUGGCGGACUUUGGUUUUGCUCGUUAUAUGAUUGACAACCGUGGCAAGCGCGUUCUGAGCGACACGUAUUGCGGUUCGUUGUCUUACGCGGCGCCGGAGAUCCUCCGCGGUUACCCAUACAAUCCGAAGAUAUCCGACAUAUGGGCGUUGGGCGUAAUUCUUUAUAUAAUGUUGAACAAGACUAUGCCAUUCGACGAGGACAACCUAAAGCGCCUGUACGAGCUGCAGGUAGCGCGCAAAUGGAAAUUUCGCAGUAAAGUAAUCGGCAGUCUGACCGAUCAUGUAAAGAAGCUUGUGAGCAGUCUGCUCGAGCCGAAUGUGUCUAAACGCUGGCAUUUGGACCAGAUUGUGCAGAGUGACUGGAUCGCCAUGGAUCCGCGCCUUCUGGUGCUCACGCCCGCGGAGCAGAUCGCACUUAACAAUGCGAUCGAGGAACGCAAGAGGUUCGAGGAGAAGUUUACGAAGAGGGAACCGGUACGGGCGGAUACAGUCCCAAUCGUGCAAUCGUUGCUCCUAGACAUUCUUUAUAAGUCUAAAUGCCUCUUAAUAUCGUUUCCGUCGUAUGUCGUACUGAUGAUGCGUAAAACUCUGCUGGUCAUCCAUUUGGUGUAUACGCGCAUCUUGUCGAGCAUUCGAUUACGAGAUUAACCCGAAUAACUUUGCAAUACAUGCUCCCCGAGCGUGUCAAUUUUCUUACGCUUCGUAAAUCAAAAUCUAUAAUUAAGGAGAACACGCAUAACGCAAAUGACGUCAUAAAAUUACGAAUAAACGAUUUUCAGAAACAUAAAAUCGAGGAGACGAAGAUUGACGAGCACAAAACCCAUAAAAUGGAAGAAAUAACGAUCCUCAAAGACGC